CGAUGGUGAGAUGAUCUGAGAAAGCACACUGGAAACAGCAAUAGCAGAGAUGCCGAUGUGCAGCCACCGCGUAUUGCUGCACGAGCCGCUCAUAAGGGACGAGGCUCUCCAGACAGCUAGGCUGAAUUCUCCUCUGCCAGCUGGUGUUCCCAAGCUCAGUUACCACUUUGCAUCAUCUCACAAGUAUGUUCCCAGGCGAGCUGUGCUGUACGUACCUGCGGAUGAUGAAAAGAAGAUACGAAAAAUCCCAUCGCUAAACGUCGAUUGUGCGGUGCUGGACUGUGAAGAUGGCGUGGCUCUGAACAGAAAGAGAGAAGCAAGACUGACAGUUGUGAAAACACUUGAAGAGUUUGACUUUGGCCAUGCUGAGAAGUGUGUUAGGAUAAACUCCGUGUCCAGUGGCCUCGCAGAGGAAGAUCUAGAGACGCUUUUGCAGUCCAAGACCCUCCCUUCAAGCAUGAUGCUGCCAAAGGUUGAAAAUGUCGAAGAAAUAAGAUGGUUCGCAGACAGAUUCGUGCACCACUUGAAAGGCCGAACACUUGUAGAACCAAUGAAUUUUAUCCCUUUUGUGGAAACUGCAGUGGGGUUGCUCAAUUUUAAGGCUGUCUGUGAAGAAGCAUUGAAAGCAGGAUCCCAGGUUGGCUUUCAUUUGGACGCAGUCGUCUUUGGAGGAGAGGAUUUCCGUGCCAGCAUAGGUGCAACUAGCAGUAAGGAAACUCAUGAUAUUCUCUAUGCCAGGCAAAAGAUAAUAGUCACAGCAAAGGCAUUUGGCCUCCAAGCAAUAGACCUUGUUUACAUCGAUUUCCGAGAUGAAGACGGACUCCGCAGGCAGUCAAGAGAAGGUGCCUCGAUGGGUUUCACCGGUAAGCAGGUGAUUCACCCUAACCAAAUUGCUGUUGUCCAGGAACAGUUCUCUCCCAGCCCUGAAAAAGUAAAGUGGGCGCAGGAAUUGAUUUCUGCUUUUGAAGAGCAUCAGCGAUUAGGAAAGUACAGAGCCUUUUGACUACAUGCAUAUAUCUACAGCAUCAGAGAGUUAAAACUACUUCAGAUGUGUCGCAGAAUCACGGUCUGACAGUCAAAGGAAAGUACUUGCAAGCAAGAGGCAGGUAGCCUGGCAGAAGACUCAAACUGCUUGUGCAGACAUCAUUUAUGGAAAGGGAGAAACAGAUGAGGAAGACGUGGUUGUCAGAAAAUCUCUGCGUUGGUAAAACUGCUUCACUUUUGGGGGGUUGAUCCUGCAAACGUCCCCAGCAGCGAGUGGAUUUACUUCUAAGCAGAACUGCUUGCAGAUUGUGGGGUUUUAAUCAUUAAAAAUGGGAAUGUUUUAUGUGCAUUUGUACCAAUUGCUGGACCUGAAAUUUGGAUGGAGUGGAAAGCAAAUUAACACUAGAAUAUGAUUGUUCCUAAUUUAGUGCAUCAUUGAGUCUCACGUUUCCUGCUCUGUGGGUUUCUGCUAUGUAAAUAUUGCGGUGGUGAUGCACAAUCUGUCUCCACUUUGUGCCAGUAAUACUUAAAUUAGGGGUCGCCUGAAGGAAGAUUUUAUGCUAGUUGCGGCAUUGUCAGUUAAUUAUCUUAAAGGUUAUUUGCUGUAAUCCAGUUUGCCUCUUUUUGAGCGAAAAAAAGUUGUGGCGAAAUAUGUUUGUCUUAGUGACAGCCAAACCCGGGAGAGCCAAAAAGCAAAGUCCCGAUGUCAGAACAGGUAGCGCGGGCGAGCAGAAAUGGUUUACACGUGCGUGCCCGUGAUUCAAGUGGGAAAAAUUAUCUUUGGUUACGAAGCUCAUACAUAAAGCUGUGCAUAGGUUCUCGCUUUCUCCAGUGUUGCUUAGAGGUCUUCUGCGCGUUUCUUUGCUUGCUGGUGGGUAGCACUGGGCUGGAGCGUGCCCUGUCCCCCUUCCCCUGCUUCUCGGCUGCCCCAGAUGUUGUGUGCUACAAAUUCUAAAAAUGGUCAAAGCAGAAAUGUUGCUUUCAUCUCAGGAUAAAAGUGUGGCAAGGUGUUUGCUGUGGGUCUGCCCUUCUCUGUGCGAGCCCGUCUGAGGUACCGAGGUGUUUCUAAUACACCCAUUACUAUCGUAUUUGGGUGCCAUCCUGAGCAGUUAUUUCAGGGUCACCGUUAUUAUGCUAUAUGCCGGUAUCUCUUUGUUCUGUAUCUCAAUUCCGAAAGGUCUUCCUGUUGGUUAUUUGGAAAUAGAAAACCACAACCAGUUUUGUACGUUAUUCUGCUUUACAAAGCUCGAAUCUGUUACAAAAGGCAUCCUUAUAAAGGCACUGCAAGAGCAAGUGUGUAGGCAGGUAGAUGCAGGAAUGAAAAAAGCCAAGUGACAUACGCAGCCAAAUAUUGCUGUUUUUUAUUGCCCGUAAAAUACUUUUAAUUCAACUUUAAUAUUCAACUUCACAAUGAUUUGUUAAAUACUUUUCACUGAACUGUGAAUUUAAUGCCAGAGUCUCAUCUAAGGAAUACCCCCAUCAUUUGAACAAGUCCCGGUAUCACACAGUAUUGAAGCCACAGAUGUUUAAGAUUUAAGCAUUCUGUAUUAUUUAGAUUUAUUUUGAAGCUGUCAUCUUAUUAACAUAAUUCUUGAUUAUAUCACCCAUUUAUUUAUUUUUUGUUUUUUAAUAAGCUCUUUUUAAAUAGGCUGUAAGCGUCUACAAUCGGGGACAAGUACAGAUUUGUGGGGGUUAGUGGCUUGGAGCAUUUUUUUAACCAACCAGGUUAAACUGCUUCGUAUAUUUUUACAUGUAGUCAUCUAUCAGGAAAAAAAGACUGGCAGGCUACUCUGUGAACUUCUGGAUAUUGCAUUGCUUCAGUAUUGCUGGGCUUCAUAAUAAAUUUGGAAAAAUAGUUUUCCUUGCGGUGUUCCCUGCAAACUUCUUAGCUGGGCUUGCAUUUUGGUAUUAUAAAUGUGUCAGUAAGAAGAGCUUGGGCAGGCUGAUUACUUAAUAUUUUUCCAAAGCAAACACAUCUCACUAAGGGAGCCUCUGGCUCUGCAUCCUAGAGACAUGCUAAAAUGUAAGUAAUAACUCUUCCCAUGCCACCUCCUGACAAAUACUCCACGCAGUGGUUUUAGUAAUCCUCAUGUCCUAAUGAAACACCUCUUCUGUUUUCCUUUUCCUUUUAUUUUAUUAAAAUGUUCGUGUCAUUGAGACUGAAAAUGUAGCUGCGGUUAAUAUGGUUGAGGCUUGCGUGCUUCUGCCAUGUUAUUAAUCAAAGUUGAAAGCCUGGAAAAAAUAAAUGUGAGGGGUUUGUGUGGCUGUUUGCAUGGUAGAUACGUUACUGGUCUUCAGUCUCUGGGAUCACAGUUUGCUGUUAAUUGGUUUAAAAGUUUGUUGCCCUUGGUCGACAGUAUUUUAUAUUAAAGUACAGUAGUAAUAAGCUUUUAUAAUCUGUUCCAGUUUGAGAGAGACAAUUACCAUAAUAAUCUUUCUUUGAGAGAAGGCUGAAGCCUUCAUCCUGGAAGCUGAAAUGCUUUGGCAGAGCAGCCCCCAAAUGUGAGUACUGAAGUUAGUAAAAAAUUGACUCUCAGAUGAGCAUGACAGAAUUGGAGAUGCUGUGACAGUGUCCAAACAGAAGGGAAUUAGAGACUUUGCUGGCCAAAAUUACUUGGGCUUACAUUACAGAGAAAGUCCUAUCUGGGGGGUUGUUUUGGUUUGGCUUCUAGGCUGUUUUGUUUGGAUUUAUUUUUUUUGUAACUGAAAAAUAGCAUAUGCAGGAAGGGAAUGGUACUGAUGUAUUUUGGACAAAUAAAAGACAAAAGUUGAGAAAGUACAUUUUGUAUUUUAUAAAAUUACUUAUUAAAUGUUCUUUUUUUUUUGUCUGGAACUUUGAGAUCUGAAAAUGAAAAGUAUUAUUUCUGUAUCAUUUCAGUAUUGUUCUGGUAAAAUUGUGUUAUUAGGGGAUGUGAUUUCCAAGACUAAAAACUUUAUCAUAAAGAAAGCAGGGGUAGCUGUUGGGAAAAUGUAAGUAUAACAUAAAUGUCAGAGUGUGUUCAAAAAUGCAGAAGAAAUGUAAUAAACAUUGUUUUGGUAGACUAAAAG